CUGGGAAUUCGAAUGGGGGGGGGCGGUGCAUCCUCUUUACACACCCGUGGGAGGGGGAGGCUCGGAGCCCGGCCUGCUGCUCGCCUCUGCGCCCCACCCCCGCCGGCCCCUAUCUAGCUCGCCCCGUCUGCCUUUCUCCUUUUUUCUCCCCCCUUUUCUCUUUUUUCCCUUCCAAGAUGGCCGAAGUGGAUUCCCCCUUUUAACGAUUGGCGUCUCUCUCGACCACCACCUCUUUGUGCCGCAGCCCCCUCCUAGACCUGCUCCCGAGGACUGGGCGCCCCGCCCCCUCCCUAACCACCUCAGCAGAGCCUCCUUCUCCGGAACACCCCUCCUUGGGCCCCGCCGAAAGUUUGGCUCUAGGGAAGGGUGACGCUCCUUAGCCCCUCACCCUACUUCCUGACAUCAUGCAUCGGACCACACGGAUCAAAAUCACAGAGCUGAACCCUCACCUCAUGUGUGCCCUAUGUGGGGGCUACUUCAUCGACGCCACGACCAUCGUGGAGUGUUUGCAUUCCUUCUGCAAAACCUGCAUCGUGCGCUACCUGGAGACCAACAAGUACUGCCCCAUGUGUGAUGUGCAAGUCCAUAAGACCCGGCCAUUGCUGAGCAUCAGAUCUGACAAAACUCUCCAAGACAUCGUCUACAAAUUGGUCCCUGGGCUUUUUAAAGAUGAGAUGAAACGGCGGCGGGAUUUUUAUGCAGCGUACCCUCUGACAGAAGUCCCCAACGGCUCCAAUGAGGACCGUGGCGAGGUCCUGGAGCAGGAGAAGGGGGCUCUGAGUGACGACGAGAUUGUCAGCCUCUCCAUCGAGUUCUAUGAAGCUGUCAGGGACCGGGAAGAGAAGAAGGGCCCCCUGGAGAAUGGGGAUGGCGAUAAGGAGAAGCAGACAGGGGUGCGCUUCCUGCGAUGUCCUGCAGCCAUGACCGUCAUGCAUCUUGCCAAAUUUCUCCGAAACAAGAUGGAUGUGCCCAGCAAGUACAAGGUGGAGGUUCUAUACGAGGAUGAGCCACUGAAGGAAUACUACACCCUCAUGGAUAUUGCCUACAUCUACCCCUGGCGGCGGAAUGGCCCUCUCCCCCUCAAGUAUCGGGUCCAGCCAGCCUGCAAGCGGCUCACCUUGCCCACAGCGCCCACCCCAUCCGAGGGCACCAACACCAGUGGGGCAUCCGAGUGUGAGUCAGUCAGCGACAAGGCUCCCAGCCCUGCCACCUUGCCGGCCACCUCUUCCUCCUUGCCCAGCCCAGCCACCCCCUCCCAUGGCUCUCCCAGCUCCCAUGGGCCCCCAGCCACCCACCCUACCUCCCCAACUCCCGCUUCAGCAGCCAGUGGGGUCACCACAGCUACCAACGGGGGCACCUCGAACUGCCUGCAGACACCAUCCUCCACCAGCAGGGGGCGCAAGAUGACUGUCAAUGGAGCUCCUGUGCCCCCCUUAACUUGAGGAAAGGGACCUCCCUCCUUUUCCAGCCAUGUGUCUCUACCCCUCCGCUUUUUGGGCCCCUUUUUCCACCUCUUCUACCUUCCCCAGCUCCUUCCACCUUAGAGGUGGGAGGUGGGUUUUAUAAAUAAAUCUAUAUAUAUAUGUACAUAGGAAAAACCAAAUAUACAUACUUAUUUUCUAUGGACCAACCAGAUUAAUUUAAAUGUGUGUGUAUGUGGGAGGGUGGGGUGUUCAUUUUUAGGGAGUCUUGUGUAAUUUGCUCUACUCUCUUUUUGGGGGGUGCCUGGAGAUGGACUAGAGAGGCCACCUGAGGCUCAGUAAAGCUCUGCCUCAUUCUUCUUCUAUUUCCCAAGGCAGAUAGGGCCCACCGGCCCCCAAAGCUUUAGGUACAACUCUAACUGGCUCUGUAUGGGGUCUACCCUCUUUCUCUCCCCAUUUUGGCUGCUGUCCUGCCCCGACCUGACCAGUGCCACCCACCCCAUUGUUGAAUGUCCAGAGAAUUGAUAAGACAGUGCCUUUUAUAAACGCAGUUUAUCCCCUGGUGCUGAGGAGUGAGUGGGCAGUGGAUAUGGCAUCUCCCUUACCUCCUCCUCUUGCAGUGGAAACUUUGUGCAAAGAAUAGAUAGUUCUGCCUUUUUUUUCCCCCCGGUGUGUGUGGCCUUUGUGUCAUUUUUCUUGUGGAAAAGAUUAAGGCCAUGGGAGGCCUCAGACCUUGAAAUUCCACUGUGGCUUUAGCAUUGUGAACUGCUUUACCCCCUUGUGCCCCAACCCCCAACCAGGAACCCUGACUAGCAAGGCUGGUGGUAAAGUCUCACUUGGGGGCCUGUAGUGGAGAGUAGAGUAGGGUUAAUCUCACACAAGCACAGACCCCAGAUUCUGCCAAAGGCAAACAGCUCUCUAGUCCCUUCCCCACCCUGAGCUGAGGCUGAGUCAGGAAAGAGCCAAAGGGGCAUCUAAAAGCACAAGACAGACACUUGUAAGCUCUGUCCUCUACUCCAUCCAGAGAGGUCAGUGGACCACCCCCUGAGGAGCAGACCCCAGCAGAUUCCUGCCCACCUGUUUUCUUCCAGUGCACAUAGAUCAGGGAGGUGAAGAGGCAAGACUCUCACAGUCUAGGUGGUUGGGGUUGUGUGAGGUGCUAUGACUGUACCCUCCUCCUGCCCUGGGACAUUUGUAUCUCCUGGCUUUGUAAUAAAUGCUGCAUACUCUC